AUGGACAAUAUGAAUUUAGGUGUUACAGCCUCGACGAUCACAAGCGCAGUAUUCGAUGUGCUGUUAAAAAGUGUAAUGAUGUCGCAUAAAAACACGGAUUUUGUGGUGGCGAAGUUUGAUUAUAAGGCAUCAGAUGGUCACGAGCUUGGCAUUCAGAAAGGUGAACGGUUGACGCUUAUCGAUGAUAGCCAGCAUUGGUGGAAGGUAAUGAAUGCAUUCGGAAACACUGGCUAUGUGCCUAGCAAUUACGUUAAACGUUCAAAACAGGGUAUAUUUUCAAGCUUACGAAAUACUCUGGGGCGCCGAAAAAAUCGUCAGGAAGGUACAACAAGCACUAGGCAGUCUAAUCCUUCUUCACCUACCCCGGAUGGAAGUAACGGUUUUCCGGCUCUCGAUUUAAGACAUGAGAGUACCGAGUCUCUUGGAGCUAAAGUUGUUAACACAUCUGCGUCUACAAAUAUUUUAGUCCCUCCAAGUCAAGAAUUUGCGGCUAUGCGACUUCAGGAGGGAAUCGCCGAUAAUUUCUCCAUUCCCGCAAAUAAUCAGGUAUCCAUCCAACAUGCAAAAGGAUUUCAAGAUGCAAAUAAAACAGUUGAUAGUGAGUCAGUUAACUGGUUGUCGAAAUCUGAUUCAAGACAAGCUUAUCCGCAGCACUCAGGUGGAAAUAUAUCUAUACCAAAUUAUCAAAAUGGACAUGGUGCUGUAAAUGUGUCUUUAUCACUAUUCCAACAAACUACUAAUAUUAUGACUGCAAAUUUAGAUAAUACAUCAUAUUUUGGCACUGGGACUGGUUUAGGUCGUCAAAUAUGUCAAGCACGUUUCAAUUAUCCUGCUUGUCAACCAGAUGAAUUGUCGAUUGAACGGGGCGACAAAAUUCGUGUUUUGGAAAAAAGUUCAGAUGGUUGGUGGCGUGGAAUUUUAAUUACUGAAGGUAAACCGCAACGAAUGGGAUGGUUUCCAUCAAAUUAUGUUACAUUAGAUUUAACGAAAAAUUUGAAUAGAUCUGGAAGUAGUUCACAACCCAGUAUAUUAAAUUCAAAUUCACUUAAUCGUGAUUUAAAUGAUUCAUCCGUACCAAAUAUUUCAAAUACUCAAGACCAAAUGCAAGCUAACUAUUUGGCUUUUCAGUACUAUGAGCAGCAAAAAAAACAACAACAUUCCUUGAGUCCUGGUUCUAUGACAGAAACCCAGCAACAGAUGCACCAACAAUCGCAAUCGUUACGUAAUGAUAAUGUCAAUCCACCUUGCUAUCGGGGUCAGCAGCAGCUUCAGCGUGAAACUGUCCUAACUCUUUAUCCAUUUGUACGUAAUCAAGUAGAAGAGUUGUCUUUUGGUGCAAAUGAGGUCCUGGAAGUACUUGAUAAACCUCCCGACGACCCAGAUUGGUGGCGUUGUCGUAAUGCCCGUGGUGAAAGUGGUCUGGUACCACAGAAUUAUGUUCGUGUCCUAACAACAUCAUCGACAGCAACUACUACACUAGGCAAAUCAUUCAGUUCAAAUCAUAAACCAUCAUCUUGUCAGUCCUCAAAUUUUAGCCAUCCUAUUCAAACUAACCAGAUGUCUGUGACCAGUUCAAGCUAUACUGUCACAAAUAAGUCACAGACUACUGAUGGGGAAACAUUAAGGCUAAGUUAUGCUACGCAGUCUAGUACAGGUCGUUUACAUAUAAAUCGACCAUGGUUCUGGGGCAUUAUUUCACGUGCUGAAUGUGAAGAAAUGCUUAGGAAAUAUUCUUUACUUGGUGAAUUUAUCGUAAGAGACUGUGAAUCCCAUCCUGGUGAUCUAACUGUCACUAUCAAUGCAGGCAAUAAAACAAGAAAUUUUAAAGUACACGUUGAAAAAGGACAAUAUCAUAUUGGUCAAAAAGUAUUCACUUGUAUUGAUGAUCUCAUUGAGCAUUAUGGUAGUCAUCCAAUAUUUAAAAAUGAACAAGAGAAACAUUUUCUUACUCAACCUUUUAUUCAUCCUGGUGUUAAACCAGUGAUCACUUAUGAAAGUGAUGAUAAUAAUAAUAAUAAUGUUAUGCCUGAUACAACAAAUAGUAUUACCACAUUAUCAUCGGUAUCAUCGACGUGUUUUCUGCCAGUUUGUAGCAGUGGUAACACUACAACUUAUCACCAAUCGAUUGCUGCUGCACACAGUCGUUAUUCUUAA